AUCAACUUUACAAUGCAAAUAUUGUUCUCAUUGGCAUCAUUCACUCUCUCUCUCUCUCUCUCUCCCUCUUAUACAUGGCUUCUCUUUGUCAAAACUCAGUCAUCCUCCUUGUGAUUUUGUCAUUUUUGGUGGCAAGCUCCAUGGGUCAGGAUGAAGCCUCUAUUCAAAUAGUUUACAUGGCCAUAUCUAAGAACUCUGCAGCCAGCCACAUCCAAACGCUUGCUUCAGUAAUGGGAAGUGAAAUGGCAGCCAAGAAAGCCAUAAUUUAUGAUUACACAAGAACCAUGAAUGGUUUUGCAGCCAAGCUCACAGCUGAUCAGAUAACUGCUCUUCUAAAGCAACCUGCAGUUUUAAAGAUACUUCCUGGUGGUUUUCAAAAAGUCCCAGCUACCGAUAUCUCAUCAACCUCAAUUCCAUGAAGCGUGUCGCGAGUUUAAUUUUGUUCACUUACUAAGUGAGUGAAUAAAAUUAUUGACUGGAUGUCCUUAUAUGUAUAGAGAAACAGCACUCUAAUCGGUUGUAGAAUAACAUAUAAUGAUCUAAAUGGUAUAAUAUUAAUUAUAGAAAUAUCCUCUUUCAAUCAGUAAUAUUAUAAAUUUA